AUGGUCGUGUCUUCUGCAAUUCCAUUUCGAAGCAAGAAAACAAGAGCCCUCGGAAUUCCCAUCAUAGAUCUUAGUCUCGACAGGUCUCAACUGUCUGAACAAAUUGUAAAGGCAAGUGAAGAAUAUGGUUUCUUCAAGGUGGUUAACCAUGGAGUUUCCGCAGAUGUAAUUUCCAGAACUGAGACAGAAGGUUCAGAAUUUUUCUCAAAAUCUUUAUUGGAAAAACAACGAGCUGGACCUGCUACUCCCUUUGGUUAUGGCUGCAAAAAUAUUGGAUUCAAUGGCGAUAAAGGCGAGCUUGAAUAUAUUCUCCUCGAAGCCAAUCCUCAAUCCAUAUCUGAAACAUCCAAAUCCAUUUCUAAUAACUUCAGUUGUACUGUAAAUGUUUAUGUACAAGCAGUUAAGGACCUGGCAUGUGAAAUUCUCGAUUUAGUGGCGGAAGGGCUACGGGUCAAAGACAAGUCCAUAUUUAGCAAACUUAUCAAAGAUGUAAAUAGUGACUCCUGCUUCAGGAUCAAUCACUAUCCUCCAAUUAGGACUACUGACUCUUCAGUACCCAACUUGUUUGAUGAGCAAUAUUCUUGUAAUGUCAAACCAACUCAUAUUGGAUUUGGAGAGCAUUCCGACCCUCAGAUCUUGACAAUCUUGCGAUCAAACGAUGUGGGUGGCCUUCAAAUUUGUUCGCGUGAUGGUUUAUGGAUUCCCAUCCCCCCUGACUCCAAUCAGUUCUUCGUAUUCGUGGGUGAUGCCUUGCAGGCUUUGACAAAUGGAAGGCUUGUGAGCGUGAGACACCGGGUACUCGCAAACCACGUGAAGACGAGAAUGUCAAUGAUGUACUUCGGAGCUCCACCCCUCGAUGCAUGUUUAUCUCCUAUACCACAAAUGAUCUCGUCUCAAAAUCCUCGUCUUUACAGGCAUUUUACUUGGGGAGAGUACAAGAAUGCCGUGUAUUCCUUACGUUUGGCAGACCAUCGUCUCGACUUGUUCAAAAACCAACCAUAA